AUGGAAAGACUUUCACAACUAAGAAAACAUUUGGCAGGUGAUGAUCCUGUAGAACGGUUAACGGCAAAGAACUCUGAUGAUGUAGUAAUUGUUGCCGCCUUCAGAACUGCUGUUACAAAAGGUGGAAAGGGCAAGUUUAAGGAUGUGAAUUCGGAUGUGUUGCUUCAGAAGUUGAUCGAAGGAUUGUUCGAACAAAAACUGCCUCCUGGAUUUGAUAAAAGCCUGAUUGAAGAAGUGACGGUAGGAAACGUUUUGAAUCCUGGUGCUGGUGCUAAUGAACAUAGAGCCGCCAUGUUGGCAGCUGGAAUUCCUAGCUCUGUUCCAUUUUUGGCAAUCAACAGGCAGUGUUCUUCAGGGCUAAUGGCUGUCAAUGAUGUUGCAAAUAAGAUUCUCGUUGGUCAGAUCGCCUGUGGGCUAGCGGCCGGUGUUGAAAGUAUGUCAAGCAACUAUGGACCAUCAGCUAUGCCUAAAGUAUCUAAAUCAGUAUUAAAACAUCCAGAGGGAGCCAAAUGCAUGAUUCCCAUGGGAAUAACUAAUGAAAAUAUCAACUCCAAGUUUGGCAUCUCCAGAACAGCCCAAGAUGAAUUUGCUUCGAAUUCUUACCAAAAAGCUGAAAAAGCAGUCCGUGAGGGUCAGUUCAGAGAGGAGAUUAUUCCCAUCCAAGUAGAAGUGGAGGACGAGGAUGAUGAAAAUGACGAUGAUGAUGCUCCCGCAAAAACUAAGACUAUUACUGUGGACCAGGAUGAAGGUCCCAGACCUAACGUUACCGUAGAGUCAUUAGGCAAACUAAGACCAGCAUUCAAGAAGGAUGGUUCUACACAUGCCGGAAAUGCAUCCCAAGUCUCAGAUGGUGCUGCCGUUGUUUUAUUAAUGCGCAGAAAUAUGGCCCAGGAUUUGAACCUUCCCAUUCUUGGCAAGUAUAUUGCAUGUACUACCGUGGGAGUACCUCCAGAGAUCAUGGGAGUUGGCCCAGCAUAUGCCAUUCCAGCAGUCCUCAAAUUGGUCGAUUUGCCAAAGGAAAAAGUGACAGUUUAUGAGAUCAACGAGGCGUUUGCAGGUCAGGCACUUUAUUGUAUAAAUAAGGUUGGUCUUGAUAAGAAUAAAGUGAACCCGAAUGGAGGAGCAAUUGCUCUGGGUCAUCCAUUGGGUUGUACUGGUGCCCGUCAAGUGUCAACUAUCAUGCGAGAGUUAAAGCCAGGAGAGAUCGGAGUCACAUCAAUGUGUAUCGGUACCGGAAUGGGAGCAGCAGCAGUGUUUGCUAGAGAAUAG